AAGGCAGCCUCAGACCGUGCUGAAGUUGAGUUCGGACAGUUCCACCGUCCUGUUCACAGUUUGAGCUCAAAAGCCAGGAAGUCAAAAUGUGCAAGGGACUAGCAGCUCUGCCCCACUCCUGCCUGGAAAGGGCCAAGGAGAUUAAGACUAAGUUGGGCACUCUCCUGCAGAAGCCUGAUGCGACCAUCGACUUUAUCAUACCAUAUCCCGAUAAGCCAGAAAAGCCUGUGAAGACCCAAAAGCCUUCACCAGAAGAGGCUUUACAGUGGCGUGAUUCCCUGGAGAAGCUUCUGCAGAACAACUAUGGACUUGCCAGCUUCAAGAGUUUCCUGAAGUCUGAGUUCAGUGAGGAGAACAUUGAGUUCUGGAUUGCUUGUGAGGAUUAUAAGAAGACCAAGUCACCCAUCAAGAUGGCUGAGAAGGCAAAGAAAAUUUAUGAAGAAUUCAUCCGAACUGAGGCUCCUAAAGAGGUGAAUAUCGACCAUUUCACUAAGGCCGUGACUAUGAAGAACCUGGUGGAACCCUCAGCAAGUAGCUUUGACAUGGCCCAAAAGAGGAUCCACGCCCUAAUGGAGAAGGAUUCCCUGCCAAGAUUCAUCCGGUCGGAGUUUUAUCAGGAACUGAUCAAGUAGCAAUGUGAAAGGCAUCUUGGGAGUCUUUUCCCCCCAGUAACUCUUUCUUUCCAGUAACCUACAAAGUUUUCCAUAGCAGACCUACCCUGAAGAUUACCCAACCUGAAAACAUCCAAGUGGUGUUGCUAAGAUAUUUUCCCCCACAUUGUUUUGGAUAUACUCAAGUCUGACCCGUGUUCCCUCUCAGAAAGUCAUUAAACCUCAGAAUCUCAGAAUUAGAAGGCAACCACAAGGACUGUCCAGUCCAGUGCAGACCUGAAUGAUGAUCCUUUCCACUAUAUUCUUGAGGCUGGUCAUCCAGUCUCUUCUCCUCUUCUUGUGUGAAUAGGACAUAGAGCCUCAUCAUCUACUCAGAUCAGUCAUGCAAUGUACUGAAAGGUUCUCCAUGUCAGAACGAAAGCAAGGGGAGAUGAGGAGAAUCAACUGUAAUGAAGGAUGUGGGCAAAUCCAGUUUAGAUAAAGCAACCAAAUAUUGCAAACUGGGCUGACAACAAGCCUAAUUAUAUAAAGCCAGUUAAGGGGUACUCAAAUAGAUUUUUUGUUGUUGCUGUGACCCAGAGGGAACAAAAAUGUCAGAAUGAAUGCCAUUACUUCUUCAGGCAUUUCUGAACCAUCAUGUAUAUCCAGGAAGAGGCAGAGAUCUUGUGAAGUAGCCCACUAUUUAUUUCCUUAAAUAGAUACUAUUUAAGUUAUUGAAAGACAGUAUGGAGCACUGGCUAGAGAGCCAGUCUUGGAAUCUUGAAGACCAGGGUUCAAGACCUCCUUCAAACACACAUGACAAAGUCACUUAACUUUGAAGAGGGCCAAGCAACUUUCUUAGGUUAUAAAUUCCUGAACAAGUGCUGAUCUGUAUUCAUAAAGAAGAUCUCUUGCUAGAUGAAAUGAUGGGUUUAUAUUUUUUUUAAAGAUACUCUAAAAUUUUGGAUGUUCCUUCAGCAUUUUCAUGUAGGCUGAAAGUUAAAAAUACUAUCAUCAAUCAUUUAUGUCCAUAUAAAAACAGUCUAACAGUUCUAGAGGCAUCUUCCCUUGCAAAGAAAACACUAGAUUAUACUGUACAAACAUCAGUACAAUAGUGACGAUAUGGUCUUUUUUUAGUCUAGGGUCUUGACUCAAAAGAUGAUUUUUCAAAUUGCUUUCCAUAUAUCAGAAAACUAAAAUUUCUAAAACCUCAAACACCAAGUUGUGCAAAAUAAAAUCCACUUCUAUUCAAUCUCUUUGUUAAGGGGAUGGCUGUGGCAGAACGAAGAACCAACUUGUGAUCUAAUGAAAUGAGAAACAGUAUAGAUGGGGAGAAAUGGGAAAUGGUCUGUGUAACAAUUAUUCCAUGGCCUAGUCCUUGGGGUGCCCAGCCCUCAUUCUAACCAUUCUUGACACCUUGAACAAAUGAAGACAGUGAUAAUAGUAUUUUAUUCUUUAGAAAAAGAUAAAGAUCCCAAGUACCUUCUUCCUUCCCAGUCACACAUACACCCCAAAUUGAACAUUUUCACAGAAUACUUAACCCACCUUGGUUGAUUAAUUGCUCUAUACCUAGAAAAAGGGAAUAAGUAUCUAAAAACUAUAAAAUAUGUAGACCUACCUAGCAUAUGUACCUACUCCCCGAUACCAUUAUAGUUAAUUAGUAAGAAAUGGUAUUAUCUUUGAACCACUCUUAUUUUUUUGGGAAAAGUUACUGUGACUAUUACUAGAGCUAGAGAGAGAUGGAGUAGUUAGUAUUUUCCAAAACAAUGUGGUCUUUUAGCAACCGAAGUUCUUUCCCCAGUUUCUGCUAUCAGCACUAAUGAACUCAUAAUCACAGUAGUCAUACAUGCCCCCAAGAUGCCUAAUAUAGCUUUUAACUCAUGGUACCAAGGUAUUUUGUGGUAUGUUUGUAUUCUUGUCUAUUUUAGUAUGGUAAGCGACCUCGUUCUAUUUCUUUCCCCUGUAGAAGAUGUGCCAAAAUCAUUUUUCUUCAAAUUGUUGUGACACAGAAAUGAAUCUGGAAGUCUUAGAAUAUUUAAAUUGCAUGUUUGAACAAACUUAUCAAUGCAAUUGAGGUUUUGAUGAUGAAUUUCACUCAAAGAAGAAGGAUUCUUAUGCUAGCAGGAGGAAUAAAAUAUAUGUCGUACUUAAAGCAGAAAGAAUAAAUUGUUUAGUUUCAGUAAUCUAUUUCCCCUUUCCCAUCCCUUUUUUCGGUUUGUUUUUGUAUGUCAGUCCUCUAUUUCCAUAAGAUUAUUACUGUUUUAUUCAGUUGUUUCUUAAGAAUAAUGGAAGGAUUGUCCCAAUAUCACCCUAUGCUUUAAGGCAAAGCUAACCCUAAUGCUAAUCCACACCCAUGGGGAGUUUUCACAGGAUACUUCAUCUCUCCUGAUGAGCCAUUGCUUCACAUCUAGCAAAUGUCAAGGUGGAGGGGGAUGAGGUAGGUAGAAUAGUCAAAAGUCACUGCUCACAGUUUCCUUCAUGUAUGCUAUGAAUCUAUCAUCCUUGGUCAGGUGCUCACUUCAAACACAAUCAAUCCAUGACACAGUGAAGGAUGACUCUAUGUCUAGAUAACUGUGCCUGCCAUGAACCCUCACUUUCCCUGGUGUCAUGAUUUGGACAACUCUUUGUUUCAACAGCUCAGGCAAUGAGGAUUUUAUUCAAUGGCUUUAAAAAAAAAGAUUUGCAAUGAAAAUGUGAAGCUUAGGGUUGGACAAUUAUUUGUUGAGUGGGUAUGUGUAGACCAACCACAGGAAAAGAAAACCUCAAGGUAGAUUUAUUAGUCUACAUUUUCCAAAGUAAUCGUCAAACACAGAAGGAAAAAAAAAACAGUGGAAAAAUGUGACAACUUCUUGGGCUAUGUGGUUCAGGCCUUCAUGAUGGGGGUCAGGGAAAGUGGAACCCUCUUUGGCAACCUGAAGGUUUAAAAAGACUGAGGAGACUUGGAGACUGGUUUUAAUUGUGUCAAAAUGUCCACAAAAGUGUAAAAACAAUUCAGCCAAAAAUCCAUGUAUUUUGUCUAGAAUAUACCAAAUGUUCUGCUAUUUGAACUUACCUGGAACCUGACUUUUUAGUCUUUUUGUAUGUGUUUGGGGUCACACAGGCAGAACUUGAGUGUCCUCAGUAUAGAUGAUGGUUCAGGAUGAUGGAGUAGAAUUGUCGGGGUGAAGGGUAAGAACUAUUUUCUCCAGUUUUUUUUUUCUGAACUGCAUCAGCAGGAGGACAAGGAGCUAAGAGUAUGUUUGUCUCCAAGCCUGUAAAGCCAGCUCUUUUCAAUAGACACCCCCAAAUUAAAUGUGGUAAUGUUUUUAAAUGUCAGACAGACAUCCUCCUAAUAGGUGAAGUAACUAGAAAAGACCAUAAACAAGAAAAAAUGCUGGAACUCAAAUUGGAAAAAAAAAAAGCCAAGUACUUUUAAAU